CUGCGAAUGGACAUAUGUGGUUCGCAGGUGGGGAGGAAUUUUGAGAUGACUGAGUGGGACAGAAAUUGUGACAGAAGAGAUGCAGGAUUGGACAGGGAAGCGCAAGAUGGGAAUGAAGGGGGAUCUCCUCAGAAAGUGGGAGUGAAGGGAAGCGACACUGUACGACGAAGUUGCGAUGAGGAUAAAGAGGAUAAUGCCCUGAAUGGUGCUAUCGAUAAUGGUAAUGAUGAUGGUCGCAAGGAUAUUGAUGAGGUAAGUAAGGAUCAAGCAGGGAAAUCUGUGGAAGUGAGAUCUACGGGUUUUUCAAUUGUGCGUCCGGACACAAGUGAUUUACAGGCGGAGAGGAAUCUGGACGAGAUUGGGGGUGGCAGAAGUUGUGACAGAAGAAAUGAAGGACUGGGAAGGGAAUUACAGGGUGGGUUUGGAGGGGGCUCUCCUCAGAAAGAGGGGGUGGAGGGAAAUGAUACUGAAGGUUUUGAUCCCGGAAAUAGCGAUUGUCAAGGACGAUGCAGUUCCUUCCCUCAGCGGGAUAAGAAGAAGCUUCGACGGCAAACGCAACAGGAUCCUGUUAUACAAAGAAAUGAUUGGACACCUUGCAGCGAUGGUGCACUUUGGGAAUUUGGAAGUCUGAAUGCGUUCCUAUGUAGAAAUGGGAUAAGAGGAUAUGUGGAUGAUCUGUUACGAGAAAGAGGAGGGAAAUUGCUUGGAGGAUGUGAGGAUGCUGACGUUAUUUCCGUUCAUAAUCAGAAUGAUAAUGAAGAAUCUAUUCUCCACAAUGUUGGUCCUAGUGGUUUUCAUGAACAGAAAAGUUUUCGGACGGAUCAAAAAAAACAAUCUCUGCAAUAUGAUGAUGUCCCUGAAUCUUCAAAUCAUGACUGGACGCCCUGUGGGGAUGAGGAUCAUUGGGAACUUGGAAGUUUGAAUUCUUUUCUCAGACAGAUUGAAGCUCGGGAUUAUGUGGCUGAUCCACUCUGGCAAAGAGGGGGAUGGUUGUUGGGAGGAGGUGAGGAAGGUUAUUCACAUCAUUUCAAUUAUGAUUGGUUGGAAGGAGAAGAGGCUCGUCUGGAAGAUUGUGAUAAACAAACAGGAGGUUUAGCUGGGACACAGGUUUCAUGUUCCACAGAUUCUGCUGAUGAGACUAUCCCUUUCAAUCAUUCAGUCUUUUCUCAUGAUACUGUUGUGGGGGUAGAAUUGUCAACUCCGAUUUUCAGUUCGUCCUUUCGAAAGGAAGGAGUUGUUCUUUCAGCAUCUCCUUCAGAGAAUCUUUCUGUGGGAAUUUCUAAGAUGAGAAGUGGAACUUCGAUUAACGAAUCAGCUAAUGUAGCCAAGGAAAGAACAGGGCAACAGGAUAUUACCAUCAAGUUGACAUUGGAACACAGCGAGCAACAGGAUUUCACUGUCGCAAUCCAUCCAAAUGUUUUGCGAAAUGAUGAAGUUGAGAAUGGAUUGGUGUCCACUGAUGAGGCUCAUACUCAUCCUCAGGCGGAACGGUUAGUUCUGGAUACCCAACUUCAUCAGGACCCUUUGAGAACCAGGGAGAGUGAGCAGCAAGAUCUCACUAUAGCAAUGCAUUCAAACGUUUUACGAAAUGAUGAAGUUCAGAAUGGCAUGGUGUCUACUGAUGAGGCUCAUACUCAUCCUCAGGCGGAACGGUUAGUUCUGGACACCCAACUUCAUCAGGACCCUUUGAGUUCCAGGGAGAGCGAGCAGCAAGAUCUCACUAUAGCAAUGCAUCCAAACGUUUUACGAAAUGAUGAAGUUGAGAAUGGAAUGGUGUCCACUGAUGAGAUGGAGGUACUCACACAGGAAGAGAUUUGGCAACAUAUGAGGACCUUUUUGGCCCCGCAUCAUGCUGAUAUGCUAGAUGCUCCAUUUUCGGAGGAAGAAGUCAAGGUUGCCAUUUUUGAUUUACCCUCAGUCUUGAGAGGCAACCUUUGCAGCGGGCCAUGUGCGGGUUCCCUAGAAGGGGACGCUGAAGAGCGUGACAGCCCCGUCGACCGUCCGACCCUGCUGCGCAACGAGGUGUUGUCCAAGAGUCGGGUUGCUUGGGAAUGCAGCCCCAAUUGGGUGGUAAGUCCCAUCCAAGGCUAAAUAUGUGCGAGGGACCGAUAGCGAAGAAGUACCGCGAGCGAUAUUGACGUGCAAAUCGUUCGUAGUACUUGGGUAUAGGGGCGAAAGACUAAUCGAACCGUCUAGUAGCUGGUUCCCUCCGAAGUUUCCCUCAGGAUAGCUGGAGCUGUUGAACAGUUUUAUCGGGUAAAGCGAAUGAUUAGAGGCCUCGGGGGUGAAACACCCUCGACCUAUUCUCAAACUUUAAAUAGGUAAGAUUUCGGGGUUGCUUAAGCGAACCCCGAGGAUCAAUGAAAGCUCCAAGUGGGC